AUGCAAGACGAAGAGAAUGCCACUGCCAUUGACUCGGCCAGCUCCAACAGCGGACAGGCGGCCCCCAUUGGGACUGCCGAGGGCGAGAAGAAGACGACACCGGCAGCAAAGGAUGAGGCCGUUGCGGGAGAUAUCAACGCUCAGCCUCGAGACAAGACCGAUGUGUACUCUGUCCACUCGGGAACAGAAUCAGGAGAAAUCAAUUACAGAAGUAUGUCGUGGCAGAAGGCCUCUGGACUAUUGUUUGGAGAGUACGUCUGCCUUGCUAUCCUCUCCUUUCCCGGGGCGUUCGCAACGCUCGGCAUGGCGGGAGGAAUCUUGACGGUACUGCUGCUCGGAAUAAGCACACUCUACACAUCUCUCACGCUGCACAAGUACUGUCUCAAGUACCCUCACCUGCUGCACAUUGCAGACAUUGGCAAGCAGCUAUUUGGAGGCUCUCGCAUCGCCUACGAGCUCACCUUUCUAGCUCUUGUCCUAAACAACACCUUCCUAAUGGGUCUCCAUACCUUGACAGGGGCUGAAAUCAUCAACACUUUGGCGAGUCCUGGAUCGGUCUGCACCGUUGGGAUAGCCAUCUUAAUCAUGUUCGUUUGCGCGGUCGGUACGCUCCCUCGAAAGCUCGACAAUGUUGCCGUCAUGGGUAUGGUCUCUGCAGUCACCAUGUUCAUCGCCAUCAUUCUGACCAUGGCCUUCUCUGGUGCUCAGGGCCGUCAACCUGCCGGCAUUGUCGAAGGAGAGCCUGUGAGGAUCACGGCUUUUGCUCCCCCCGGCACCACAUUCGUUGCUGGCUUCGAUGCAUGCCUCUCCGUGAUCUUUACAUGGACAGGUCAAAUCGUGUAUCCUACCUUCAUCAGCGAGUGCACACAUCCUGAAGACUUCCACAAGGCACUAUAUGCCGUGACCGUAGCUGAGUUCGUGCUGUUUACACUCUGCGGGAUAGUAGUCUACUUUUACGCCGGACAGUACACUGGUUCACCAGCAGUGGCGUCACUCGAUGAUACCUACAAGAAAAUUGCCUUCUCUUUCGUGCUGCCCACGACGAUUAUCAUUGGUAUCAUCUAUGCAAGUACCGCCGCAAAGAUGGUCUUUGCUCGAAUCUUCGGAGGCACAAAGCACUACGCUAGCAAUACCUUCGUCGGCUGGGCCGGCUGGAUCACCAUCGUAUUCGGACUUUGGGCCUUCGGAUGGGUCAUUGGCGAAGCGAUUCCGUUCUUUGGCACUCUGAUCUCUCUGAUGUCGGCCUUGUUCGACGGCUGGUUUGGGUUCAUCUUCUGGGCUUUCGCGUACUUCGACAUCAAGAAGGGCCAGCUUUGGAAGGGUCAGUCGCUCUUGCGCAAGGCAGAGACGGCACUGAACUGCUUCCUCAUCGUCGUGGGAGCCUUCAUCACCGGACCAGGCAUCUAUGCCACAGUGCAGGAGAUCCUCAAUGACUAUGCCGCAGGGUCUGUCAGCACACCCUUCACCUGUGCUAGCAACGCCAUCUAG